AUGGCCGUGACAUUACCAAGUAGUCUUGUAUCGCUAAUUCCAAACUACAGUGACUGCGUUGUUAAUUGCACAUCACCCGUUUAUAGAGAGUUGUCUUCACAAAUCCACAUAGCUUUAAUUCCACUCAUCAAGACUUCCGCAAUCCUACACACCCCAUACCAAUCAUCAUCCACUCACGCAUUCAAACAGUUUAAAAAAAGCUCGAAGACACUUGUGGUGCAGGUUGGAGGAAUUGUCGCGAAGCAAGACGACGUGUUUGUUUACCCCCUCGAUGUACCCUCCGUCAAACCAGUUGUUAUAGAAAAAAGAACUAUAACAAUUGUCGAACCGUCACUUCUCUCGAAAUUUUCUUUUAUGAAGAACAUUAACACUGAGUAUCUCGUAACGGACUUUGAAGAAGCUUUUAAUGUCAGAGAAAAAGCAAUGAAAGACGAAAUCACUGAGGUCGUCAUUCUUAAAGCAACAGAAUAUUUCGAUACAACCUAUUUCAAACUCUUCUUCUGCCCUCUUCACACCACCGAAAUUCAUGUUGUCACCGGAGAGAAAAUUGAAACGAUUAAUGAGACGAUGAGAUACGUCAUGAAUAGGUAUUCGUUCUUUGAUAGAAUUAGACAAGCCAAUACGUUCAUGUUGCUUUUGUUAGACCCAGACUGGUACAACUCAGAGUGCUUCCAAAUGCUCCGUAAAUUCAUUCAGAGAGAGCACAAUGUUGUCACCGUUUUUAUGGGAAGGCCAGAUAACAAACUAUUGAACUAUGAGGGACAAGUCGAUAUGGUCAUCGCGUUGGGAGCAGACACUACUGACCUCAAGAUGGAAGGAGACAUUCCUGUCAUAACACCCUUCGAAGCUAUAUUUGCCCUCGAAUUGUCAGACACAAUGGAAUGGACUGGAGAAUAUCCUAUCGGUCUCAAACGCACUGAAAAGUACAUUAAGAUGCUCUCACAAUAA